AUGGGGAGAGAGAAGAGGUCUCAGCCGGGCCCGGCCACGGCGAAGGACCGCCACAAACGAGCUGGGAAACCUAGCAAGACCCUCGAUCGGAGCGUGCCCCUGCCGCCGGGACUCGUCGCCGCGAAGCCGGUCACCGCAGUCACGAACUCAAAGCACCAGUCUUAUUUCGAGUUCAUUGAGAACAAAGACAAGAAGAAGCCCCUGCUCUUCGAGAUCACGGCCAACCGUCAGCCACCGCCAGGGAUGAAGUACAUUCCAAUGGGCAAUCCGGAACUCACGGAGCGGUGCAAGGAGAUAUCAAGAGAAAUUGGCGCUCUUGUCUACAUAGUGACCAAGUACUUACGGGUUGGAAAGACAUUCGCGAAGAAGGACGCGUCGGAACUGAGCCAACAGAUCCACCGAGUCGGUCAUCACAUCCGCGAAAAUAUCGUGGAUCGUGCGAUGAGUGAACUGGGGCAGGAUGCCUUUUACGAACCGACCACAACAGGACCAGACCAAGUCGAGGAGAUCCCUCGCUCCCAAACGGAAAUCAACAAGCAAGCCGAUGCUGCACUGCGCGAGCUUUUCCCUCGCAUUCCGCAUACCGACAGACAGCAGAUCAUCGAUCAUGCGUUCAGAAAGGGCAAACAGUUCAAAGGUGAACUGGUGGUGGGGUUGCAACAGGAGCUGUCGCUUUCGCGGCGCGUGCAGCUCGCCGUCCUCGCCCACAUCCGGCACAACCACACGAGAUACGACGAGCUCCUCCGCGAGACAUCAUGGCACAAUGCCAGAAGAGCUACAGAGCAAUUAUGUCUGGACAUCCUCGUCAAGUGGCGAGGCGAUGACGAGAACGGACGUAACCAACUCGACGAAAUCCUUCGAGAAGUAGUCGUUCUAUCUGAUGAUUCUGAUGACGAGGAUUCUGGCGAGGAGCCUGAUUCCGACUCAUCAGCCGUGCUCACCGACAGGUCCAUGAAUGUCGCAAGAGUCCCGGUGCCAACCAUGCGUCAAGACCGUGCCAGCCGGAGCCGCAUGUCGACGGCAUUGCCGUCCCAUCCAGGAUCUCCCCAGGCAGUCGCUACGCCAGGAAAGAAACGGGUCAACAAGAAGCAUCGCAGACGUGCUGCGAAGCAUAAAGAGCGUAACUUCAGUAGGUACGAGGCUGUCGCAAAUGCCAGAUGGUCCGCAGCCAUGAAUCGGCAGAAAGCAGUGUCCAACGCGCAGCCGCAGGAGACCGGUGUGGUGAACGGUUCCGUUAGUCACGGAACGUAUUCCCAAAGUCAGCCUGUUGUGUUCAUGGAUGGCAGGGCGCCAGUGAUUGACCUCGGCCCUGCGCACCCGCAAAGGCCAGCGUUCGGCUCCUUUGCCAGCAACCCUUCUCGAGAGGCCAGGCCGCUCAUGGACCGUUCCUUUGCUGCGCCGCCGAUCGAUUCUCAAUAUUUUGCUUCUGGUUCUUCGUUGCACAAGAUCUUGGAGAUGACCAGCCCUACCAGCGGAGAAGAUCACCACCCGGAGGCCCCACCCUACGAGAAGCAGACCGGCUGUCCCCUCGCCGGAGGAGUCUGGGCUACCCAGAAGGUGCUCGGUCGUUCCAUGACGGUCGUGAACAGCCGCGAGCCCCCCCUCCGGCUCGGGCCCCAUCUUACAUCGAGUUCGCACAGGAUGUUGCUCGACUGCCAGCUUACCAAGCUCCGCGCCAGGUCGAACCUUCACUGCGGAGAGAUGAGGCUGUACUGGGAGCGAGAGCCAAUCCCAUUAUGA